AAAGAAACUUGGAAUGGUAUCAACAGUCUUCUUUCUAAAUCUAAACGGAAAGAAGCUCAUCAUUGUCCCAGAUAGCUGCUUAUUCAUUGUCCCAGAUGGCUGCUUAUUCUACUAUACCAAAAAUCUUGCAAGAUGAAAUCGAAAUUACUGACCCAGUAACUAUUAGCAAUGUUUUUAACAAGCACUUCACUGAAAUCGGACCUAAAUUAGCAGCGCAAAUUCCAACAACUUGUGCAGCCUCUUAUAACAUUCCACAAUGUAAUGAAGUUUUUGAAUUACAUGAAGUUACUCCAUCUCAAAUAGAUGGACUAAUUUAUAAAUUAUCGACUUCUAAGGCUAGCGGUCUUGAUAACAUUCCUGUUCGUUUAUUAAAACUAAUUAAUUUCACUGCUGUGGUUUCACUUACUCACAUUAUUAAUUUAGUAAUUCGCAAGGGAAUUAUUCCCGCUGACUGGAAGUGUGUCAUGGUAUCAGCAAUUUAUAAACAUGAUUCAAAACUUGAUUUGAAUAAUUAUAGGCCUAUUUCAGUCCUUCCAGUAAUUUCAAAAAUUUUUGAAAAAGUUGUCUUUGACCAAGCAUAUGCCUUUUUAACUUAAACAAAAACAACCUUUUAUCUGACAUACAGUCAGGAUUUAGUCCGACCUCUUCACUCAACGUUAACAGCUAUGCUUGAUGUCACUGAUUAAUGGUACACUAACAUGGACAGUGGGUUAAUAAAUGCUGUCUUAUUCAUUGAUUUAAAAAAGGCUUUUGAUACCAUUGAUCAUAACAUUUUACUACAGAAGUUAACUUGUUACGGUUUCAACAAAGAAACGAUUGAUCUUUUUAGAAACGAUUGAUCUUUUUGAUCGUACUCAAGUGACAGUUGUUAACAACAUACGAUCUGAUACUCGUAAAGUAACAUGUGGAGUUCCUCAGGGAUCUAUCUUAGGUCCACUACUGUUUUUAAUAUAUAUAAACGACCUACCUAAUAGCGAAUUGGUAUCAGAUGUGCGUAUGAUACCAACUUGACUUUUGCGGACAGCAACCCUGACAAGUUGAUUUCUGUUCUAAAUGACGACCUUAAACUCUCCAAAACUGGCUUAACCUGAAUAAACUAAGCCUGAAUGCGAUUAAAACUAAAUGUAUGUUUAUUGCAUCCAGGCAAAUAUUAAGUACUAUUCCUGAUGAACCUAAUAUUGCUAUCUCCGGAAACAAAAUUGGAAGAGUUAGAUCUUAUAAGUGUUUAGGUUUAAAACUGGACGAGAGUUUGACAUGGGAGCAUGACUAAAACCAUUGCUCCCACAGUCAACUCUUGUCAUGAUCUAUAACUCUUUAGCACAGACAUACUUUGAUUAUUGUAGUAUUGUCUGGGAUAGCCUAGGUAAGUGUCUUGGACAAAAGUUACAGCGAUUACAGAAUAGAGCUGCAAGGAUUAUUACUGAAUCUGAUUAUAACAUCCGGUCAUCAGAUAUUUUAACAUCAUUGAAUUGGACCAACCUUGAAACCAGACGUACCCAACAUACCCGUCGAACUCACUAGAGUUCAAUCUCUCGCUGAGUUUAAAUCUAAAAUAUCUUAAUAUUUCUUUUAUAUUAGUUUCUUUGCAUGUGUAGCUUGUUACUUUUGUAAAUAGUUUGAUACCUUUUUAUUAGUAAUUAGUCUAUUAGUAUAGGUACACGUCUCCAUUGAAGAGCACAUAACAUAACCUGUGAAAUGGACCUCGUGUUUAAAUAAAGAUG